CUCCUAAAUCUCAUCUCAUUCCAUCUCUUCUCUACUUAAUUUCCCUAAUGGAACCCAAAUCCAAUGCAAAUCAAACUCUUUCCCAUGCUCACCCAGAAACCAUGGACUUCCUUUCCAAAACAUGGUGCAAUUUCGCAGUUCAAGCUUUUCAACCCGACUUAUCAGAUCGAUCCAUUGUUCUACAUGAAAAUCCGGUCAACAUGGUCGAUAGUACUGCUCUCGGUGCACUAUCACCGUUUCCUGUAAUGAGGAUGGAAGACACAAACGGUUCCAUACCACCAUGGAAAUCCAAUAAUGUCAAAUCUUGGAUUUGGAUGCAACAAGCUAUGCAUCCAGAGUUGAACUACAAUCAGUACUAUAGUUUCAGAAAGAAAUGGUUUCCUUGGAAGAUGGCGCCCCUAAAAAAUGUAUCGAUCAAGAAAUGGUUGAAGGAAAUAAAAGAUAAGAGGAAAGAAGACAAGAGGAUGCAAAGAGCAGAAAUUCAUGCAGCGAUAUCCGUCGCAGGAAUUGCUGCAGCGCUGGCGGCAGUGGCGGCGGACGGGUCUGAAUACGACCCCACCAAGGAGGCGGCGGUGGCCUCAGCGGCAGCCCUGGUGGCAGCACAGUGUGCGCAAUUUGCAGAGGCAAUGGGGGCCAAGAGAGACCAACUGAGCUCCAUCAUGAGUUCAGCCAUGAGCGGCACCAGCACAGGCGAUAUAUUGACCCUUACGGCUGCUGCUGCAACUUCUUUGAGAGGAGCAGCUGCACUGAAAGCAAGGUCCAGAAUGAAGACAAACAGAUUCAACACGGCUGCUCCAAUUCUACCUAUAGAAGAGAAGAACGAAGAAGAAGACCAUUUCGAGUUUGACAAGUGCAGAGCCAUUCUGGGGAAAGGCUCUCAGCUCAAUAUUCAGGCUUCUGAUGGGAGGUGUAAAAUCAGAACAGUAUCCAUUGUUCUUAGCAAUGAUGCCAAGGUUAUUCUCAAAAUAUGGAAGCCCAAUUUGUUGAAUGCUUUCACAAACAAGAAGCAAAGUAUAAUAGUGGACAUACAUGCUGAGCUAUACAGAGAUUUACACGAAGAAGAAGACGAAGAAGAUGAUGGGGAGGAGGCAGGAACAUGUUACCUCAUAGUAGUACGCACAAAUAGAGGAAGCAUGAAGUUGGACAUGAUGGGAGACUACCAGCUUUACAAGAUGUGGGCUUCCACCAUUAAUCACAUGCUCAUGCUCUCCACUUCAUUCACAAAGUAUGACGACCUUCAGUACUAUAAAUGAUGCAAAUAAUUUCAAGACAAAAGAACAAAAAAACAACUUCAUGUUAAUCUAUACUGUCGUCAAUUACAGGCUUGUACUCUUAAUUAUGUGAUUAUUGUGUUUUUUCAUUCA